ACACACCUCUGCUGGCUAAGGGUGACACAACCCUGUUCCCUGUCACUCUGUUCCCGCUUAUCUCUCCCGCCUUUUCGGCGCCACCACCUUCUUGGAAAUUAGGGCAAAGGGGAGGGGUCUCGGACCACCACCUCCCCCGACGGGCCCCAUAAAAGCAACUGUGACUGGUUCCCAGAUGCCAGAGCAAGUUCUAGACCCAGCAGCAGGACAGCCAGACAGAGGGCAUGAUGGCACUUAACACUUGGGUCCGGGCUGCUUGCCUCCUCCUCCUCCUCAUCUUCGCCAGCCUGACCAGUGGCUCCGUUUUCCCGCAGCAGACAGGACAGCUUGCAGAGCUCCAGCCCCAGGACACAGCCGGAGCCAGGACCCCCUGGCAGCCCAUGCUCCAGAGGCGAAGGAAGCGAGACACCCACUUCCCCAUCUGCAUGUUCUGCUGUGGCUGCUGUCGGAAAUCCAAGUGUGGGAUGUGCUGCAAGACCUAAAGCCCCCCCGCCCUGCUUCCAGCCCCUCCUUCCUUAUUUAUUCCUGCGGGCCCUGAACACCAGCCUUGGAAUAAAAUGGCGAGUUCUUUUCUUUUCCAA